AUGGCAGGCCAACAACGACCCAUGGGCUUCUCCGAGAGGCGAGGGAGUACUCUCAGCGACGAGCUGACACUCGACAUGUCGCCAACCGUGGCCGACCCUAGACUGGACAAAAUGUCACAGUCCCGGCAUCUCAGGGGACCCCCGACCCCUAGCAUGUCGACACCUGCAGCCGAUCUGGAUCAGCAGGUCACCGGCUCUCCGCCUCCGCCGCCGACCCCCGCCGCUUCUCCGGGUCCAUCACACUGCCAGCCGGACUGGAGUGACGCCGCCGAUGAUGAAGACUUCUUCCUCGCAAAGGUCCGCCAACACUUUAAGAACAGUUCCGCCCCUCAACGCACGAGAAUAUUGGCCGACCUCCUCAACCUAUGUACAAGCCCUCAGCUCAGCUUUGUCCACCAGUUUGUCAGCCCUCUCUUGAAAAAGGAUCCCUUUACAAGUCUUCCCAAUGAGCUAUGCCUACGUAUCUUGUCCUUUAUUGAUGACCCGAAAGUUCUGGCUCGGUCAUCACAAGUCUCGCGCAGGUGGCGAGAUCUCCUAGCUGACGACAUGACUUGGAAGAAUCUAUGCAUGAAGCACGACUACCGACGUAGGAUGUCCGAGGUUGAGGCUGCAAACUCUGGCGGCAUGACCCGGCCGGCUAUCCAGCCCCUGACGAGUAUCGAUUCAGAGGUCCCCAGUAGCAGCUUCCCCGGUUCUCUCCCUCUGGCUUCGAAUAGUGGGGGUACCAGGAGCUUCGACGGCGCCGUCCCCCACUGGAGGCAUAAUCGCCCCAAGCUCAGAUCGUACAAAUCCCACUUCAAGCAGCGGUAUCUGGUGGAGGCUGCAUGGAGAGCUGGCGGUCAUUGUGUAACCCGGAACAUCACACAAGAGGGUGGCGUCGUGACCAGUCUCCACCUCACCCCUCAGUACAUCAUACUGGCUCUUGAUAAUGCCAAGAUUCACGUCUUUGAUAUGGAGGGUAACCCGCUGCGCACACUACAGGGGCACAUAAUGGGCGUCUGGGCCAUGGUUCCGUGGGGCGAUACACUGGUCAGUGGAGGGUGUGACCGCGACGUACGUGUCUGGGACCUCGAGACUGGGACAUGUCUCCACACACUACGUGGCCAUACGUCAACUGUGCGGUGUUUGAAGAUGGCAGACAAGAACACGGCCAUAUCGGGAUCCCGGGAUACAACUCUCCGUAUCUGGGAUAUCCAGACGGGCCUCUGCAGAAAUGUUCUCGUCGGUCAUCAGUCUAGCGUUAGAUGUCUCGAGAUCAAGGGCGACAUAGUGGUUUCCGGUAGUUACGACACAUUCGCCAAGGUCUGGAGCAUCUCGGAGGGACGCUGCCUGCAGACGUUGCAGGGUCACUACAGCCAGAUUUACGCCAUUGCCUUCGAUGGAAAGCGUGUCGUGACUGGAAGUCUGGACACCAACGUCAGGAUAUGGGACCCCGUCUCUGGAGAAUGCCUGGCCAUUCUUCAGGGACACACAUCUCUGGUCGGGCAGUUACAGAUGCGUGGCGACACACUCGUGACAGGCGGAUCCGACGGUUCUGUGCGUGUAUGGUCCCUGGAAAAGAUGAGCCCCAUCCACAGGCUGGCUGCGCACGAUAACAGUGUUACGAGCUUGCAAUUUGACGAGACACGGGUGGUCAGUGGCGGCAGUGAUGGCCGAGUCAAGAUCUGGGACCUCAAGACCGGCCACCUCGUCCGUGAAUUGUUUGCUCAGGGGGAGGCGGUCUGGAGGGUUGCCUUUGAGGAUGAGAAAUGCGUGGCUUUGGCUCUAAGGCAAGGGCGUACAGUCAUGGAGGUUUGGUCAUUUACUCCUUCGCCGGAAUCCAUGUACGAGCAACCUCCCAUCCAGCAGCGGGUGAUUGAGGAGAAACCGAAGCGGCCCCUCAGCGCAAUGCCGCUCGGUUAUCAUCCUCUGGAGACGGGGAGGCCAGGCUUCCUCUCCGAUGGGGGUCUUUCAUCUAAUGAUGUCACGAUGACCGAUGCAGGUCCGUCAACAGCACCUCUUCGGGGGAGCAAUCCGGGUCUCUUCCAACACGACUGA